UGCAGUGGAAACACAAUUUCUCUGUGGCCGAGAAGUAGCAAAAGAUUAAACCGGUGAAAUCGAGCGGCCACCAGACUGAGGACAGACACACGAACAGGAGCGUGCAGAAAUGUCUCCCUUCGAAAAUAGAGGACUAAUGCUGGGCAUAAUGGCAGGGACUGCUGGAUUAAGCCUGGUGCUGGUUUGUUACCGCAAGAUCCGAAAGCCGGGUGCAGCUGUGCGUAUUCGAGGGUUCCAGGAUCUAGGUAACAGAAUUAAUUCUGUGGUCUUGCCACAGAAUGAGGCUCCUAAUGAUCAAGGAGCAGUAAUGGUUUUACAUGGAAGGCAACUGCAGAUCCUAGAAAAAUUGAAUGGCCUGCUACUAACCGUGGACGAACUGAAGAGAGAGGUGGAAUUUCUGAAAGAAGCUAUUCCGAAACUUGAAGAGCUUGUUCGAAAUGAGCUUCAGGGAAGUGGUGAUGUUCAGAGAGUUAGCCCAUCACACAGAGCAACAAGGCGGAGAAAAGCAGAGACAGCUCCUAGAGAGACUACCAGCUCUGAGGAGGCAGAAAGUGAAGGAGGUUACCUUACCGCCCAUACUGAUUCUGAAGAAGACUCCGAGGAAGAAAAGAGAUGGACGAAAUCACCUGAUGCCAUGGUGGAAUCAGAAAAAGAUGAAGACUUACUUAAUUUUUUACAGCAGGUGGACAAUUUGCACAAGGGUUCAGAGGUUGAUAAAAAGGAGGGCUUCAGACUGCUGCUUGAGAACGAUGACAAGUAUGAAAACUGUGUGGACUUUCUUUGGAGGCUUGCACGUGCUUAUGGAGAUCUGUUUGAGAUGACUACUGAUGCUGAGGAGAAGAGGAAAUAUGUAACUGAUGGAAAGAUUAAAGCUGAAAAAGCUAUUCAGCUGGAUGCUGGGAGUGCUGAGAGUCACCAGUGGUUUGCAAUUAUGUGUGGCUAUAUGUCUCAGUUUGAAAGUGUACAAAACAAAAUCAGGAAUGGUUAUCUCUUUAAGGAGCACCUAGACAAGGCAAUUGAACUUAAACCUCAAGAUCCCUUUUUAUAUUACCUAAAUGGAAGAUGGUGCUAUUCAGUAGCUCAGUUGUCGUGGCUUGAAAAGAAAGUAGCUGCUGCUCUCUUUGGGACUCCACCAACUUCAACAGUAGAAGAAGCAUUGCAGAAUUUCCUUAAGGCAGAAGAAAUGCAUCCAGGAUAUUCCAAAUGCAAUUAUGUGUAUUUGGCAAAGUGCUAUAAAGAUCUUGGCCAGAAAAGCAAUGCUCUGAAGUACUGUGAUUCUGCACUGUCAAUUCUCUCAGUUACUAAUGAGGAUAAAGAGGCCCAGAAAGACUUAGAGGCUUUACUUCUUACGCUGAAGCUCUGAUACUACGUACUUUUAACUCUUCACGCUGUAAUAAAAUUGUAAAACUAAAAUGAGACUGGAAACUGCGGGUAAAUUUCAGCUAAGUCAAUGGAAAGACAGUCAUUGAUUUUGGUUGGCUUGGAUCGUGGCCUUUAAGUGUCUGGCAAUUAUGGUAUUAAAAUAAUGCAUUCAUUUUUGAUUAUUUAUAAUCUUGUACUGAAAUUUCAUUUUAGAUUUCUGACACUGUGAGUCUGAUUCUGUGAUCAUGAGGUCCACUGCUGGCAAUGGACAUACUGGGAGUUUAAAUGCAAAAGGAAUAAAUUUCGCUCUUUGAAAGAUGAAUCAACUAGUACGUGAUGCCAGCAUAGAACUGUGUGUAGCAUAAACAAACAAAAAAAUGUUUCUAUAGUAAAUUAUAUUUAUAUCAACUAAUUUACACAGAUGUGUACAGAAGAAAAUCAUUAAUAUUUAUGUUUACACAUUUCUCUACUCUUAAAAUAUUACAGUCUUGUUGAAGUUAAACAAAGCUGUUGCCGCAACAAAGCUCUUUUUACUUUAAACCUAUUGUUGGUUUUACAAAGAAUUGUGAAAAUUUUAUAAAUUAAAUAUUAUAAUUUAUUUGUAACAUCACGUACAAUAUUAAAUAUAAGAGCAAUUAAAUAAAGUGGUUUAGAAUAUUCUAUUACAGCUCUGAUAUUUAAUGGAUUUGUAUCAGGAUCUCCAUCAAGUUUGUGAAGUCUGGCUCUCUGUCUUUGAAGAGUUGCCUAAUGUGGUUUCAUCAGAGUGUCUUUGAAGAACCUAGUCUAGCAUGUAUCCAUCACUAACCUUUUUUAUCAUCUAUGUAACAUAACCUGUACAUAAAAAUAGACUACUAAAGACUUACUACUUCUGA